UGGCCGCGAAAGGUGGCAGUCGAGAAUACUAUCUUCGUGGCUAUAACAUAGUUUAGUGACAUCAGGUGAUUGUGUUUUGGGAGUGACGUUUAUAGCUGUGCGAAAAAAUCAGUAAAAUGGCAAGUAUACCCUUGAUGUUCGCUCAAGACGACGUGGAAUUUGGUGGUAAACCAGUUAUAACAGAAGACUUCGCCUACAACAAUAAUGUGAAGCAAGCAGGACUUAAAAUUCGAUUGGGCUUCCUGCGCAAAGUCUAUGGGUUACUCACCGGCCAGUUGUUGAUCACCGUUGUUGUUGCAACUGUUUGUAUGACAAGUCCACCAGUUCGUGCAGCUGUUCACAAUAAUGACUGGCUGUUAUCAAUUGCCUUUAUUCUAAGUCUUGUAAUACUGGUGGCUUUACAUAUCAAGAAGAGAGAAACGCCAACAAACUUCAUAUUACUGGGCUGCUUUACAGUUGUACAAGCCUACACAAUUGGUGUAGUGCUGACAUACUUCGAGCAGGCAGUCGUCCUGCAGGCUUUUGUGAUCACCUUAGCUGUUGUGGCAGGACUUACAGCUUUCACAUUCCAAACAAAGAAGGAUUUCUCAUUCUUGGGCCUUGGGUUAUUUGCUGGACUGUGUGUUUUAAUGGUUGGAGGUCUCCUACAAAUAUUUAUUGGUAGCACAGCUCUUGAACUUCUUUUGUCUGCUGGUGGAGCCUUCCUCUUCUCACUUUUCAUCAUUUAUGAUACACAGAUGCUGAUGGAGAAACUGUCUGCUGAAGAGUAUAUAUUGGCAACAAUAAAUCUUUAUCUUGAUAUUAUUAAUCUGUUUUUGUAUAUUUUAAGACUCCUGGAGGCAGCAAGGAGACAUUGAGUUACUUGUUAACGGUUGCUCUUUUACCACGAUUCUGACAAACAGUAUUUGCUGAGCCAUGCCAUUCAGCAAAUGAAAUUUUUGUGGUGGAAAAUAAUUUUUUUAUUCUCGUACCUUGAGAUACAAAAAGCUAUUUCACUUACACAAAAAUUUUAACAAAUAAAUCUCAUGUUUCAAGCACAUGUGUAUAUGGAAUUUGGAAGUGUGAUGGAAAGUUGAGAGAAAUUUAAGUGUUUGAGAAUAUGAAAUAGGUAAGCAUUCCACUGUUAUAAAGAAAUCUUGAAUGCUAUCCAAACAUAAGCUAAAUAAUCUUUUAUCUACAUAAUCACACAAAAAAGGAAAAUUAAAAAGGGAAUUGUGUCUAGUGUGAUCUUUCGUUGUUGACACUUCUAGGGAAUUUUCUGCAAGGAUUGCUCUAAUUUCAUAAUAAAAAUAUUUGUCAUGUUAUUCUCUUCUUCACAUAUUUAAUUAUUUCCAACACAUAUAUUGUUAGAAUAUAUUUAAUGAAAUAUACUUCAAGCACUUUGAAUGGUAUCUGAGAUAUAUAUGAAGGGUGGUUGUUCAUACAUUAAAACAGUGCCUUUGUGCCUGAUAGACUACAAUUCUAAAAUGGGUUUUAAAUACAUCUUUUGUGAUAACAGAAAAUAUCUUGGUGCACAGUGUAAAUUAGAUAUUUUAUUGUCUGUUAAUAGCAGUAUUAAUGUACAAAGUGUGAAAUAAAUUUAUUUUUAAAUGUUUAACUUUUGUCAUUUAUUCUAUGUCAUUCUCAACAUAGAACUUGUAAAGUUUUGUUGUACAUAGCUGAGGUCGUCCACACACUCACAGAAAAAUAACAAGCAAUUUUUAAUUCAAAGGAAUUUGAUAAAAGAUACUAGAUUAUUAAUACUUUUCAGAUUAUGUGGAAUUAUUUCUACAAUUCACAGUGCAGGAACAGAAUAUUUAUCUUGAUAACUUAGUGUACCAAUAUGGAAUAUAAAGUAUCAAAUAUCUUUGUAAAAUUUAAUAGUAUUAAUUGAUAUUAUAACAUUAACUAAAUGGGAAAUGCAAUUAAGUUUCAUGGUACUGCUUGUAGAUCUAAAAGCACACUGGAGAAAGAAAAGUUGAAAUAUGAGACAUAUUGUAAAAUAUUAAAAAUGAAGUGAAAAAAUUAA